UUCUGAAAUUGAGCCCAUGGUAAAUUGACAAUCAUGAUUUCAGGAUAUUAAAAAGAGCAUGGGCAUGUAGGAGCACCAAUUAUGAGACACUACAAGGUGUAAAUGGGAGAAUGGAGUUGCAGCAUGAAGUAAAAUUCUUCAUUACUUUGUACCAUCAUGGCAGAAAAUUCCACAACUAAUUACAAGAAAACUGUGGGAAUCAAUUCCCUACUUAAAGAAUGUCAAACACUGAAUAGGACUGAUAUUUCAGUUCCUGUUGAUAAUGUAGACUACAAAAGAAAAAUAUUCAUCAAAAAUAAAAGCUUCAGCUGCUGACCAUGGUAAACAAUACA